AUGCUGACCCCUUGUUCUCUCUUAGAUUUUGCAGAGGUUCGUUCGGCAUCGUUCACCUUCGCGAACAACUGCGAGUACACGGUGUGGCCGGGUCUCCUGUCCAGCGCCGGCUCGCCGCCGCUCUCCACGACGGGAUUCUCCCUCGCGAAGGGCGAGUCUCGGACAGUCUCAGCCCCCACCGGGUGGUCGGGGAGGUUCUGGGGGAGGACCCUCUGCUCCACCGACGCCUCCGGCAAGUUCUCCUGCUUAACAGGCGAGUGCGGUUCGGGGACGGUGGAGUGCUCCGGGAGGGGCGCGGCGCCGCCGGCCACCCUGGCGGAGUUCACCCUGGACGGCAGCGGCGCCAUGGACUUCUACGACGUGAGCCUCGUCGACGGCUACAAUCUCCCGAUGAUGGUGGUGCCGCAGAGGACCUCCACGGGCGGCGCCAACAGCACCUGCAUCACCACGGGCUGUGUAGUGGACCUCAACGGCGCCUGCCCGUCGGAGCUGAAGGUGACGGAGAACAGCGGCGAGGGGGUGGCGUGCCGCAGCGCCUGCGAGGCCUUUGGCACUCCCGAGUACUGCUGCAGCGGCGCCUACGGGAACCCCAACACCUGCAAGCCCACCACCUUCUCUCAGUUCUUCAAGAAUGCCUGCCCGCGGGCCUACAGCUACGCCUACGACGACAGCACUAGCACCUUCACCUGCCCCGGCGGCACCAGCUACCUCAUGACCUUCUGCCCCUCCACCUCCAGGUAG